GCCAGUUUUCGGUACUCGUUCAGCGUCUACAGAAGAUGCGGCACCGAGAAUGCGAAGCGAGAGAUAGAUAGAUAGCGAGAGAGAGAGAGGUAGAUAGAUAGAGCGCAAGGGUGGCUAUGGCGUGAAACAGGAGAAUAGAUAGAGAUAGAGAGAGAGAGAGAGAGAGAGAGUGUGUGUAUGAGCUGCUGCGUGGAGCUGCAGCGAUGUGCGACAUGGUGGGGAUCCACGCCAACAUUCGCCGCACUGCCAAUGCCGGAGCUUGUUUGAACCACUCAUCAUCCGAAUCCCCUCCCCUGGGUUUAUCUCGCCCAAGCUUGAGCAGCAGGAUACACUACACCAGCACACGAUUCCGCGUUCGCUGCAACCUAGAAUCCAACCCAGGCCACGCAAACGUGCGAGCGAGGGAACCAACUCGGCGAGUGCAAUGCAAUGGACUGGGCGCGGCAGAGACGUUGCCCGCGAGGAGGAGGAGGAGCGUGGAGGAAUUGCAGGCGAAGUUCGGACAACCAGGUGUGAAAUUCGUCGAAGCGGCGGGGUUCACCAUUGUGGAGAUGAAGCUGAAAGAAGGUUCGAGUGCGCGCGUCGUGUUGCAAAGCGCGUUCGUGGCCUCGUUCAAGUCCAGGAUGUGGCAUGGCGGGGUGGAGGAGUUGCUGCGUACCCUAGUCGUGCCUGGGGAGGAUGAUUCGCAGAGGCCAACGCCGGCUGGGGGAGUAGCUCUCAGGGUGUGGGAGAGCGGAGCAGGUAGCCAGUCGAAUUUGUUGGCUUCGACCAAGUGCUGGGAGAUUGAGAACGCGAGAAGUGAUCCCGGCGAGUUUGUUCAGAUUGCCUUAUCGACCACUUGCAAGGGAGCCACCGCGGGCCACAGCUUGCAAUUCAAGUAUGUCAUGACCUUGACGAAUGAUUCGCUGAUUUGUGCCGUUAUUGCUACGAACAUUGGUACCAGUGCAGUCAGCAUACAUGGCUCGUUUCGAACCAAUCUUGCAGUCAAUUUUGUUGAUGGAGCCUACGCAAUUGGUCUGCAAGGUUGCAAAUACCUGCCGACAAUGCCUCCAAACUUAGCACCGACACCGCGAAGACUGGACGGGGGGGAACCCAGUGUUGACGACACCAACGCAGAGGGAAUGCUGUCGAAAUUGCAGCGAUUCGUAGGGUUUAAGAAUGAGGAGAGGAGGAACGAUGCUAGCGUUGGGUUGCAGAGGGUGGAGAAGGAGGAGAUGGUGAGGAUGAAGGGUGGGUUUUCCCGAACCUACAUAGAAGCACCGGAUUGUGUGUCACUCCUUGACCGGGGAAAACGGAGAACAAGUAACUUCUGCAACUCUGGUUUCGAAGAGAUUCAGCUUUCAAAUCCUGGCGAAGAAUCAGGUCUUGAGGAUUGGGAUUCGUUUGUGUGCAUCGAACUUUCCCGGUCGAAUAGACCAGUGAAUCUACAACCAGGUGAAGAGUGGAGAGCUGCCCAGAAACUGGAGAACCCAAGAAAAUAUGUCAGAUGCUUUAAUGCUAAAUAGUUAAGCUUGGUAAACGUUUGAAGCACUGCUUUGGAUCGAAUGAAACCAUCCUCGAAUCCCAUCCAUGUAGAAUUUCCUAUGAAGACAACAAUUCGUCAUCUACUUUAUACAUGAGUGGUAAUCCUUUCCUUUGUGGAAAUCGAUGCUCAUGCAAGACGUCAUCGUAGACCAACUCUUCGCCACUCACCCGCUAAUUAGAAAAUAGUAAAAUAAUGCCAGCAUUUUGGAUCUUACAGUAUAGAUGCAUCACUCGAGUUGUUGCCUGUAAUUGCUGUGCAAGCAAUAAAAAAAAGUAGGAAGUGGCGAUGGUAAACGGUAGCUGUGGGGAAGAGGUUAGCUCCGCUUGGGGUUCUCGAGGCCCCGGAGAAAGGAUUUGCGACACCACACACAUCAAAAAUAGAAAAAUCUUCAUCA